CUCUGUACGUUGCCAAGCCACUUGAACACCUGUAAAUGUUAAUGACUGUGCAAAAGGCUCCCCUUCCAAGCCAAAGUGGGCAAGGCUAAGCAGUAGGAGCUCUCCAGAUAAAAGAGAGCAAGACAGCCCGUGUGAGCGUCAUAAAUACCAGAGUCCCCCUGAAGGCAACAUGUCUGCAUUGGAAGGCGCUUCGGCCCUAUUGCUGUCGUCCAGCGCCACGCCGGUGCUGGCGUGCGUGACCGCGCUGUUCCUGCUGGCUUUCGUCUCCCAACGCUUCAGCUCGCCGCAGGAUGGCAGGAAGGAGCCCCCGGGGCCUCGGCCCUUGCCGCUGCUUGGAAACCUGCUGCAGCUGGAUCUCACCUGGCUCGACAGAGCCCUGUGUCAGCUUGCAAAACAUCACGGCUCUGUAUUCACCGUCUAUAUGGGCACCAGAAAAGUGGUGGUCCUGGCUGGAUACAAGGUGCUCAAAGAGGCUCUGGUCGGCCACGCAGUGGAGUUUGGAGAGCGCUUCAUCACCCCCAUUUUUCAUGAUUCCAAUCAUGGUCAUGGCAUUCUGUUUGCCAAUGGGGAUUCGUGGAAAGAUCUGAGACGUUUUGCCCUGAGUACUCUGCGAGACUUCGGCAUGGGCAAAAGACUUGCCGAAGAGAAAAUCUUAGAGGAGUGCCGCCAUCUCAUUCCCAUUUUUGAGAGUCAUAAAGGGCAACCGUUCGAUACGACAUCUCCGUUGAGUCAUGCAACAUCCAACAUCAUUUGCUCCAUCGUGUACGGGAACAGAUUCGAAUACAGCGAUCGUCGAUUCAUCGCUAUGGUGAAACGAAUCAAUGAGAGCGUUCGUAUGACUGGUUCAUUCCAGAUACAGCUUUACAACAUGUUCCCCCGGUUGUUGAGUUGGGUCAAACACCGGCGGAUGGUUCUCAGCAACCGUGACGACUCCAUGAAGGACGUGCAAGAGCUUCUGCGCCAGCGGAAAGAGAAGCUCAACCCCCAAAUGUGCACGGGGCUGGUCGACUGCUUCUUCGUCCGCAAGCAAAAAGAAGAGGAAGCGUGUGUGGAAGAGAGCCACUUCAAUGAGAAGAACAUGAUGUUCGUCGUGGGCAACCUGUUCGCUGCGGGCACCGACACCACCGCCACCACGCUGCGAUGGGCCUUGCUGCUGAUGGCCAAAUACCCGCAAAUACAAGAGCGCGUCCACGCGGAGCUGAGCAGCGUGGUCGGAAGCCGCCUGAUGGAUGUCGAGGAUCGCAAGAACCUUCCGUACACCAACGCCGUCAUCCACGAGAUACAGAGAUUCGCCAACAUCGUCCCCAUGGCCAUUAUGCACCAAACCACCCAGGACGUCACAUUCCAGGGCUACUUCAUCGAAAAGGGCACCUCUGUGAUUCCUCUGCUUACUUCUGCCCUCUAUGAUGAGAGUGAAUGGGAGACGCCGAACACCUUCAACCCUUCCCACUUCCUGGAUAAGGAGGGUAACUUCGUCAAGAGGGAUGCCUUUUUGCCCUUCUCUGCAGGCCGCCGGGUUUGUCUGGGCGAGGGCCUGGCCCGGAUGGAGCUCUUCCUCUUCUUCACGUCCCUCCUCCAGCGCUUCCGCUUCACUCCUCCACCCGGAAUUUCCGAGGACGAGCUGGAUUUGAAGCCCCUGGUGGGCUUCACCCUCAAUCCCAUGCCGCACCGGCUGAGCGCUGUCACUCGCUAGUCACGUGCAAUGCAGUUCACAAUGGUCCUUAAAUCCAAAUGAUUUACUUUAAUUUUUCUAAUUGCUCACCUGAAUGAUGAAAUUGUAUCUCAAGUCUUGUACAUUCACAGUUUUCACAAUGUGUCAUUUAUUUUCUCUUCAAAGUAUGCACAUGCAUCAUGCAUUUGAAAUGGAUAUCUUCGUAAAUAAAACACUGUCAUUAUACGGCUUUA